AGUGAAUUUCUCAAGCGGCGUUUAAGGAGUUCAAUAAUAACGUUCGCAGAAAAUAUGAGGAACGCGAAACAAAUUUUCCUCAACGUGUUCACUCGAAAUCGACAUUCUCAUAAAUACCCUUCCGCGAUAUACGGUUCGGUGGAAUAAGGGUAUAUAUAUAUAUAUAUACCUAUCGAUCAGAGUUGCAACGUGGAUUGAUUGUGAGCCUGAAAACUUAUUGGAUCGACUGACGGAACGGAGGGUCGACGCUUCUUCGUUCCCACCUAUUCACACACACACACACACACACACCCACACCCACUGACAACAGGGUGUCGAGGUGUGCGAGGAGAGGCGGGUUGAAAAUUUCGGAGUGUUUGGGGUAGGUGGUAACAAUUACCGCCUUACACUACCCCCAUCCGAGGAGCACAACCAGCGUGGCGGCUGCCUGUCAGUCAACAAUUCUGCGCCCUGCUCGUCGGUGCGGACGACCUGCACGUCCCAAGUAACGAAGCCUCUGAAACUUCGUUAUUGUCUUGCGGGACGGAGGGAAAAACGCUGAGGUGAAAAUUCCACCGACUCUGCAGUCGCCGCUGCAGGUUCAAUUCUUAAUCAAAAGUCACACCGAGCAUUUAUUACUACACGUACUACAUUCACCGAUACACUUCUACUUACAAUAAUAACCCGUAUCCGGCAUGAGUGGAGAUCGAGAGACGUCGAGUCAACGAGUACAGCGUAUCGAAAGCAGGGGAAUCCCCGAAAGGAUCGUGCCCGUGCGUCUUAUGCAGCAGCGGGACGUCAACAGGGAGAAACCAACUUACCUCAGAGACAGAGAGCGGGUCUUGUAUCCCAGAAACACCAAGACCCUGGCUAAGGUCCCGGUCAUCGGAGGAACCCCGAUAAGCGAAGAAACUUGUACGGCAUUGCGGCAGUUAGUUUUCGGCUCCUGCGCCAGCCCGCCGAGGAGCGAAUGGACUAGGACAGGUUUGACCCUGAGGCCAGGGGGGCAGAAUCUGGCCUUCGGUCUAAGGGCGGCGAGGAACUCGACUCGGAGUCUGGUCACAGCGGUUCAGGCUGUGACGCUGAAGCACUUUCUCUUCAGGACUAAUAAGAUCGUCACCAGUUUCGCUGCACCAGCAUCCCCGGAAGCUCUACUGAAGCCGAACCACGAGCGGCAAGUCGAGGUCCUGAGCUUGUCGAUCGCCGAGGUUAUAUGGAGGUGUGGAGGCGGCGACGCCAAACCCAGCAACGCAGCGACUGCCGUCAACCUGGCUUCUACAGGCGGCGCAUCCUCCGGCGUCUUCGUGCCCAAGGCUGUCGUUGUUCUGCCCCAGGAGACGCCCUACGUUCAGCAUAGCGUGCAGUACUUUCAGGACGGGAUUACCGAAACGCUGCAUCUCUACGAAUUCCAUUCUCUCGACGAUCUUCAGAUAUUUGUCAAGAGGUACCUUUACCUGUUUCACGACGAAGGUGGACCCGGAGCGAUCAUUCUCAUCUACAGCGCCGUGCUCUCUCGAGGACUCGCCAAAGUACGGACGGACUUCGAAGACCAGAGAACCUCGAUGCUCGGCGGAUCGCCGGAAGAAGGGCCGAUGAGCGUCGCGACGCUGCUGCUGACCGGACGGUGUUCGCCGCACCUCCACAACGGGGUGCUUUAUGUCGGUGAUGAGAACACCUACGCCGUGCCGAGAUGGGGCGUCCUGGCGAGGAGCGAGGUCGGCAUCCUGGUGCACGAGGGCGACGCUGCAGACGCUGACAGGCAACCCGGUUCCCGACUCAAGACCCCGAGUCUGCCGAUCUGGCUGACCCUCUGCCAGGGUCACUACGGCGUACUUUUUAACACGAACCGUGAACUUCUAAGAAAUUACCACGCCGAGCGGAGGUUCGAAAUUCAAUAUUACACAUGCGGUGGAAGCCACGCUACCCUGACGGUCGACACAAGAGCCAGCGAAGACUCGUCAGCGGAUAACGCUGCCAGGGACGAUCAGCUGGUCGACGUCGCCUCGACUCCCUUGGAGAAGCUGAUUCAUACCAAGUGGCAAGACGCACAGAUCCAAUGGAAUGGCAGCCCGGUUUUGUAGAUACGAGAUUAUGAUUGUAUAGACGCAAUGGCAAAGGCAGACUGCACGUAUCGUCGCUAAUAUAAUACAUGUAGUAUAUACAUAUGCAUGCAUAUAUAAUC